GACAAUACUGUGCCGUCUGUUAAAAUAACUAAUAAAAUAAUUACUUUGCGAUACACGAUGUUAUAACAGUUGCACGAAACGCUAUAUAAGUUGUGAAGACCUUGAAAUAAUGGCAGCUGAUAAUUGAAAACAAUGUUGGAAACACCUAUUGUUUUACUGCUCGCAGCGAAUUUUUUAACGGUGCUAUGUUCAGAUGGCGCUUCUUACGACAUCUCUAAUUUUACCUCAACGUCGUCGUCUGCUUCAACUUACACGCAGAGUUCCUCCUAUGUGUCGUCUGAUACAUGCGAUGAAGAUGCACCAGAAUACGUAUGUGAUGGACCCCAUGAAUAUUACGAAACAUGUGAAUCAAGCACUCAAGUUGCAGACGACUCUUGUGUUGUAGGCUGUCGUUGUGAAAAUGAUUAUGCUCGUAACGAUAAAGGCAAAUGUAUUGCGAAAAAUAAAUUUUGCCGAAGCCAGUUAGAAACAUUUUCUGAUUGCGUCAAUGGAGGAUGCGCCAGACGCAAUUGCUCGGAUCUUAAACGACCUGCCAUUUGUAUUGAUGUUGUUAGAAGCAGUUGUAUUUACGGUUGCGUAUGCAAAAAGAAUCAUUUGAGAAACGCUAAAGGGAAAUGUGUCCCUAUCAACAAUUGUCCGGAAAGAAAAGAUCCAAAAUGUCGAGGUGUAAACGAAUAUUAUGAAACUUGCGCAUCUCCAUCUGAUUGCUGUAAAAAGGGUUGUCGAUGUGUACUUGGUUACGUGAGAAACGAUGUAGGAAAAUGUGUCGUAGACAACGGACAGUACACCACUACCACUGAGACUCCGACAACAACAACAACAGAAGUGCCAACAACAGUAACCACGCCGCCCGCUGAAGUAGAUGCUGAUAAAGCUUUGGAAAAACUUUUGGCCGGAAACGCACGUUUUACACAAACAUUUUUACAAUUUAAAACAAAUGAAAAUCCGAAUGAAAGUUUCAUAGCGUCGCCAUUUUCGUGUCUGAUACCGCUAGCUGAAAUUGCAUUAUACACGAUUGGGAAAGCCUUUGCGCAAAUUACAAAUGUAUUGAAUGUCGAUAACAAGGAUGAGAUUCGUCAAGGAAUUAGAAGGCUUUUAGAUAAUUUCAAGUUACCAAAAAAUGUGACUCUGAAUUUGGCGCAAAAAGUUUAUGCCAAUAAACAAUAUGAAUUGAGUGAUGCAUUCAAAUAUGAUACAGAAGUUUAUUUCGAUGCUGAAGCACAAAAUUUAGACUUCAGUCAAGCAGCGGCUGCGGCGAAAGCCAUUAACGAUUGGGUACGUAAAACUUACAGGGCUGGGAUAAAAUUUCAGGUAAAAGCCCAAACAAAUGGUCUCAUAACAAAUCUUGUGGAGGAAAAGAUGUUAAACGAAUUGACACGAUUGGUUUUGGUGAAUGCUAUUUACUUCAAGGGUAAUUGGUCGAAACCCUUCAACCCGAAGAAUACCCAAAAGAAAGAUUUUUACAUCACAAAAGAUAAAAAUAGUACAGUCAAUAUGAUGUAUCAGAAAGGCUACUUCAGAUAUAUGGAGAGUCCCACACUGGAAUUAAAGGCUCUGGAAUUGUUAUAUCAAGAUAAAAACUACAGUCUCCUAUGUGUUUUACCAACCUCGGAGGACACUUAUUCUCUAGAAGGUCUGGCACAAAAGCUACAAGAUCCACAAACAUUUAAAUCCAUAGUCGAUGGAUUGCAAAGUCAAGAAGUUAAAGUAUAUUUGCCGUCAAUAAAAACAUCAACAACUACUGAUCUAACGAAAGUAUUUAAAGAGGUAAACAUCACCGAAGUACUAAACCCUAAUAACAAAGAGAUUGUUGGAAUGUUAAAAGUUUUUGAACAACUGUAUAUAUCUGCAGCCGUUCAAAAAGCAACGGUAGAGAUAAGUGAAAUGGGUUCAGAAGCAGCCGCAGCAAACGCUGUAGUCAUCAGCACUAAAGCAUUACCUCUACCAAAGCCAGAACCAAAAGUUUUUGAAGCAAAUCGUCCUUACAUUUACUUUAUAAAUAAUCAGAAGAAUAUUUUGUUCUGUGGCGGUUAUACUGGCACAUGAUACGCUGUCCGAAUUAUUUAAUUGAUAUUAAAUGCUAUAGUCGUCACUGCUUUGUCCGCUAUGGUUGGGGAACCUAACAUUUUCGAAGCAAAUCGUCCCUAUUUUUAUUUCAUACGAUCU